CAUCAGUAUCAUGCUCUUUUUCGGCGUGACUCCCAAUUGACUUAUGCAUUUCUCAUAUGCAUAUGUUACGCAGUCUUCCUCGAUCGUAUUUAUCAGAUAGAUUGAUCAUAUCCUAUAUCUCAGGCGUUCAACUACUUGCAACGAGCGGACCAUCGAAGUAUGAUGAGCCGCCAAAACUCCCCGAAAUGUCUCAGCCAAGGGUUUAUGGGUGCACUGGAGCGACUCACUUGGACGCCCUCAUGGGUUCAAUGGGACCCGGAAGCGAACCAUGAUCUUAGCUGGACGAUGAACAUUUUAUUUGGACUGUCUGCCUCUUUUAGCGUUGCGAACCUGUACUAUAGCCAUCCCAUCUUGAAUAUCCUUGCGGAUGACUUCAAUGUAUCGGAUCAGCGUUCCUCUUUAGUACCGACACUUACACAGGCCGGAUAUGCUGUCGGGCUUCUACUUAUCGUUCCGGUCGGAGAUAUUGUUCGACGACGGCCUAUGAUCCUCAGUCUAAUCUUUAUGACAGCCCUAAUAUGGCUUGGAUGCACUCUAACCCAGUCUUUUUCCGCUUUCCUGGGGCUCUCGUUUUUGGUCGGUCUCUUGACCGUAACUCCUCAGCUCAUGUUUCCGCUCGCCGUUCAGUAUGCGCCGAAGCGACAUAGAGCCACCAUGAUUUCUAUCGUCAUGUCCGGCCUUGUUUUUGGUGUCCUCGUCGCUCGUCUUCUUAGCGGCAUCGUUACCCAAUACACGUCUUGGAGAAACGUCUAUUGGGUUUCUUUCGGCCUGCAGAUUCUUGUUUGGAUCUUCCUCUUCUUCGUAAUGCCUGAUUAUCCCAUAUUGAGCCCUGGGACAUCAUACCCAAGAAUUCUCCUGAAGAUCGUUACACUACCUUUUCUCAACCCCGAACUCACCCAGAACUCGCUCAUCGCUUUCCUGACGAUGGGCAUGUUCACUUCUUUCUGGACAACUUUGACGUUUCAGCUUGCCGACGUCUUCCAUCUAUCUACCUUAGCCAUUGGCCUCUUCGCACUUAUAGGAAUCUCGCCGGUGUUUCUAAACCCCAUCAUAUCCCGUUUUCUAAUAGCACCUCUGCACCCACAUGGCUCACUGAUUAUCGCGCAUCUGGUAACUAUUGCUGCGAUUUGCAUAGGCACAUUCGUCGGGACCUUCUCCUUAGCCGGUCCUGUCAUCUGGGCGUUCUUUGGAGAUCUUGGGAUGAACACGAUCAUUGUCGCGAACCGUGUUGCUAUCGCACAUGUCGACACCAAAGCGCAGAAUGCGGUCAAUUCCGUCUAUAUGGUCCAUACCUUCUGUGGACAACUCUUUGGCACAGCUGUUGGCAAUGCCUUGUAUGCGAAAGGAGGCUGGACGUACUCUGGAGCCUUCAAUAUCGCCCAGAUAAUAGCGGGAUUGCUGGUUCUUCUGAUGAGAGGGCCACAUGAAAAAGGUUGGCUGGGUUGGCGAGGUGGGUGGAAUAUGAGGAAACCUAAGACGGAGGAACUACCCCGAUCUUCUAACGCGCAAGCCGAUGUCGAGGCAAGUGCUGAAGAAACGGCAACGGAUGCGACAACCGAAAUGCCAACCGAGGACGAAGCUUCCAGGGAGAAGGUUGAGGAUCGCGAUGGAAAAAGGGGUAGAGUGGAGAAUAUUUAGUAGAG